AUGGGUACUGACCCGGGGCCAACUGCCAGUGCUGCCUCAAGCUUUCCACUAUCGGCAACGAAUCCUUCUUCUGAAGCAACCAAAAAGAGCAGCAUCGGCGUCCAAGCGGCUAACAAUGCCAAGUCGAGUCGUCGUCCACUGCCACGGCAAGUGUCAACUGUCAAGGCAGCCGACGUGCGCGCAAGAUUUCGGGAAGAUGUACAUGGCCAUCAUGAGCAUACCAUUCAUAGUUACGCGAACCGUGGAAAGUCUUUCAAGAUGGUUCGCCAUUUCAAAGAGCAGCAGAUACGUCACGUAGCAUCCAACUGGCUCAAAAGGCUGCGAAAGGAAACGGCAGAUCCCACCGUUGCGCAAAAUAUGUCCGAUCCGGCUCAAGUCUUCGCCAGUAAAUACAGUAAAUGCGGCGAUGUGCUUGGAUGGGGUGCCUUUGGUACGGUCCGUGUUUGCUACAAGAUCGACGAGAAGAAUCCGCGUAGCAAGCAAGUCUUUGCAGUAAAAGAGCACAAGCAGCUUGAAGGGGAAUCAGAUGAUAAGUACCACAAGCGCGUAGUUUCAGAAGUCUGCAUCUCAUCGUCGCUACAUCAUCAAAAUAUUCUUGCUACUUUGGAUCUUUUGCAGGACGACAAGGGCAUGGAAUGCCAGAUUAUGGAGUACUUUCCUGGGGAGGACUUGCAUUCAGUUAUACUGCAUGCCGGUGCACUCGAAGAAACAGAAGCCGAUUGUUUCUUUAAGCAGUUGAUACAAGGACUGGUGUAUAUGCAUGAGAUGGGCGUGGCGCAUCGCGACCUCAAGCCCGAGAACGUACUCCUCACUACGACUGGAUUAGUCAAGAUCAUCGAUUUUGGGAAUGCCGAAUGUUUCCGUACAGCCUGGGAGACAGAACCACGCAUGAGUGCUGGAAUCUGCGGCUCUUUGCCAUAUACUGCUCCAGAAGAGUUUACGCUCAAGGAAUUCGACCCCCGCCCUCUAGACGUAUGGGCUUGCGGUAUAAUCUACAUGGCCAUGCGAACUGGGGAGCAUCCAUGGCGCGCUGCACGGCCGGACGAAGAUGUAAAAUAUCAGCAAUAUGUCGAAAGGCGCAAGACAGAAGCUGGUUACGAGCCGAUCGAGUGUCUGAGACGGCGUCAAUGUCGAAAUGUCGUGUACUCUAUCCUAGAACCUACUCCUAUACGCCGUUUGACAGCCCACCAAGUUCGAUCGUCUGAAUGGGUUCAACAGAUUCCGCUUUGCUGUGCAGACACGGCGGACGACUAA